CCCUCACAACGUGCGGCUUGAUGGUGCUCGCUUAGCGGUUGUCGGAGGAGCAGAUAACGGAUAACCGACACGGGAGCGGAACAAACACAGGAAGAGGGGCUGCCGUUGUCUGACAAAGAGUUUUUCUUUUGGUGUAAUUUGUCUCAUCGGCGAGUUUUUUGUUUUUCUUAGGAGAGCGGCAGGACGCAUCAUGACGGCGUGGUGAGGCUUGUUCCCGCCCUGAGAACGUCUGGAGGACAUCAGGGGGGGCCACGCCAGGGCUGAUUAAAAACGAUCAAGACAGAACCUCACCUUGCCCCCCUCCUCCUCCAUCCUCACCAGUCGACCAAGAGGGCCCCCAUGCAGUCCCCCGCCAUGGAGACGACCAAGCUGCCCCCGUCCAGCCCCUCCUCGCCCACCACUAGCUUUUCGGUGCCGUCGGCAGAGAAGGUGGACGGCUUCCCGCGGCGCUCCAUGCGCAGGGUGCGCCAGAGGAGGUCCCACAGCUCGUCCCAGUUCCGCUACCAGAGCUCCCAGGUGGAGCUCACACCUCUGCCCCUCCUCAAAGACGCCCCUGUGGCCGAGCUACACGAGCUCUUCUGCAAGAAGCUGCAGCAGUGCUGCGUGCUGUUCGACUUCUUGGACUGCGUGGCUGACCUAAAGGGAAAGGAGAUCAAACGUGCGGCGCUCAAUGAGCUGGUGGAGAGCGUGGCCACCAGCAGAGGAGUCCUCACAGAGCCGCUUUACCCGGAGAUCAUUAAGAUGAUCUCUGUCAACAUCUUCCGCACCCUGCCGCCAAGCGAGAACCUUGAGUUUGACCCUGAGGAGGACGAGCCCACACUGGAGGCUUCCUGGCCGCAUCUUCAGCUGGUGUACGAGUUCUUUCUGCGCGUCCUGGAGAGUCCGGACUUCCAGCCUUCCGUUGCCAAACGCUAUGUGGACCAGAAAUUUGUUCUUCAGCUCCUGGAACUCUUUGACAGCGAGGACCCCAGAGAGAGGGAGUACCUGAAGACCAUCCUGCACCGCGUUUAUGGAAAACUACUGGGCCUCAGAGCUUACAUCCGCAAGCAGAUCAACAACAUCUUCCUGAGGUUCAUAUAUGAGACUGAGCACUUCAAUGGAGUUGCUGAACUGUUGGAGAUCCUCGGCAGCAUCAUAAACGGCUUCGCUCAGCCUCUGAAGGCCGAACAUAAGCAGUUCCUAGUGAGGGUUCUUAUCCCUUUACACACGGCAAAGUCCCUCUCCAUCUUCCAUGCACAGAUGGCCUACUGCGUGGUGCAAUUCAUGGAAAAAGACGCCACCGUGACUGAAUAUAUCAUCCGAGGGCUGCUCAAGUACUGGCCAAAGACGUGCACGCAGAAGGAGGUGAUGUUCCUGGGCGAAAUAGAAGAGAUCCUGGACGUCAUCGAGCCAUCCCAGUUCAUCCGAGUCCAGGAGCCUCUCUUCAAGCAGAUCGCGGGCUGCAUCGCCAGCCCUCACUUCCAGGUGGCUGAACGCGCCCUUUACUUCUGGAACAACGAGUACAUCCUGAGUCUGAUCGAGGAGAACUGUCAAGUCAUCCUGCCGCUGGUCUUUGCCACCCUCUACAGAGUCUCCAAGGAACACUGGAACCCAACCAUCGUGUCUCUGAUCUUUAACGUGCUGAAGACCUUCAUGAAGAUGAACAGCACGUUGUUUGAAGAGCUCACCGCCUCUUACAAAGCAGAGAAGCAGAAGGAGAUGAAGCGUGAGAGGGAGCGUGCUGAGCUCUGGCGAGGCCUGGAGGAGCACCAGGAGCGCUGGCUGCAGAUGCUGACUGAGGCCGCCCGCAAUCAGCGCAACCUACAAGAGCGAGGCGCGAGAGGGGACCCGCCGCCUCCCUUGUCCCCGCAGGCAGCCCGCUCCGACAAGGCCGAGGCCCAGGCCAGCAGGGGCGGCCCAGGAGAGAGCGCCACCUAGGCAGACGUAACGGCGAUGCUUCAAACAGAAGAAGGUAUAGUGGAGCCCUGUUUAUGUCGACAACUCAUCUGUGUGGACCAACUUAUCAAUUCCCGAUCCACCGUGUUCUUUUUAUUACUAAAAAGUGCGCUUGAGUCGACAUUGUCACAUUUGGUUGACCGAUUUUAACAACAUAAAAUUUGAGAACCAAAGGGGUCAUUUCUAUGAAAGAUGUUUAUGUCGAAAUAUGUUGUAGUAUUUGUUUAGCACUAAGCAUACCUGUCAACCUUGUUUUUUCCCUUGUUUGCCAGUCUCUUCCCGGUCCAGUUUUUUUUUGUGCCUUCCAUAAAAAAAAAUGAACUCAAGUAUAGUUGGUAAACAUCAACGUAACAAUGGUGACAGGCAGCCUGGCGAGUCACAUGUUAAGUGAUUCAAUCAAAUCAACAAUGUGAGAGAGGUAGAUGUUUAGCAGAUGACAGAGAAGGCAUUUCAGCCAAACAUCCAAACUUUGUGUUAAUAUCUCGACAAAUAGGAGACUUAUUAUCCGUACCUCAAGUUUUUUGAGCAGCCAGGUCCCACACCCUAAUGCUUUUUGUAAGAUUCGUAACACAGAGGAAGAAUUGACAUGAGCCAGCAUGAAAAAUGUUUCAAGCAUAAGCGGAGCCCAGAAAUGUGUUUUUGUUUUCAUUUCCACUAUAUAACAGAGACCCCCAAAGGCAGCGUUAAAUUUGGACUGCUAAACCUAAUUCAUGUGCUGCAAUGGUUAGUGAACCUUCCUUGUAUGGCAGAAGACCUGAGUUUCCUUCCGAAGUCAGGGCAUGUUAAACAUGAUUUUGUUUUUAGUGAUUUAGCUGCGGUUUGUUGCUGAAAAUUUAAAUAAUUUUUUUUCCCAAAAUCUGAAAUACAAAUGUUGACAGGUAUGGCGCUGAGCAGCGUGAAUAUUCCAAUGGAUUGCUACAAUGCAUUAAAAUGUAUACUCGGUAACUUCAGUGCAAAGUAAAAUGAAAGCAUGGCAGUUUUAUCUUGAAUCCUACCACAGCAACUUACAACGUGCACAUAUGUAUUUAUUUAUUUAUUUAUUUAUUUUAGAUUGUUUGCUACUGGAAGAAAGAUUUGCGCUGUGUAUGAAAGCUUUAUUGUAAUUAUAGUCAAGACAUACAACAAAAUUACUGCAGCAGCUCUGUUAGAUAUGGGUACAAAAUAUCAUGAAAACAGAAAAAUAAAAAUGAAAAUAUACACAAACCAUGUCAACAAACUGCCGUGGAUGCAAAAAUAAUUGAUCAUCACUCAUUCUCUUUUUGUCUCUGGCCAAGGUCACAAGUAUAUGUGCGAGCAAUGGCUGGUUUAUGUUUCAAUUAUGUCGACAAACGCUUAUGUCGAUGUCAGUCAGCCAGUCCGAGGGGCUUCGACAUGAGUGGGUUCCACUGUACAAAACGAAUCGAUAUUUUAGUGUUAGUGUUUCUUUUUCACGUUGUCUUAAAAAGUACUUUAUAACGAUUGUUUUUGUAUUCUGAGAAAAUAAAACCUUAUACUGAAACUUUAUUUUCUAUUCCAUGAGGAAAUGUAAUUUAAUUUGACAACACGGAUCAGUUUUGAACGUGUUAAUGUGUGCGUGCGCGCGUGUGUUUGUGUGUGUGAGACAGCGUUUACAUGAGAAUGUAUCGUCAAACUAAUUGAUUGUUUAUGAACUACCUUUCAACCAAACCAGUCAAAUGUUUGGAAUCCAAGUGUCGAGAAAUGUAUUUAACAUGUCACAGUUUAUACAGACACAUGCAAUUUAUGCUUGGCUUGCCUUUUUAAUUGGCUCAUUUUUAUUUUUUGGACUUACUUUACUAUUUAGAAAAUAAAUGUUCAUCGCUCCCUGGUGGCUCCCUGCUGAUUCCUUAAACUCCUCCCCAAAAACUAUUAUGUAAAUUCAGGCCAAACAAACCAACUUGAACUUUUUUUGUGAUUGUUUGCAUCACGAUUCGAUUGUACUCCUGAACAGCAACUGUGUGUGUGGUGUGGUUGUGUGUGUAGUCACAUCCAUCCCGCUCCUUCACGCCCCCAUGUGGCGAUUUUUAUCACAAAGAAGUGUGGAUUGAGUGGGGGAUGUCACCAUAGAGACAGGAAAGAAAAGACAUAGAUGUAGACAUGCUCAAAUGGCAAUAAGUCAGUCUGUCAGCGCGGUGUGAGUGUCGUUCCAAAUGCAUUCUAACGUAGCAAUUUCACUCAACUCUUAGAUUUGCACUGUCCUGAUGCCUGACCAGUCUGUGGUUGUUGUCUUCUUCCAGAUGAAAAACUUGUUUUAAUGACAAUAAGAGAUCUUCUGAGAGGAAGCUGAUGUAUAUUUCGGGUGGGUGUUUUUAAUUUGAAUGUAGAAAGGAUUACUGUAAGUAACUGGG